GAUUCUGGUUGGAAUGGACUCAUCGCAGAUCUCAUCAAUAACAAAGCUGAUAUGUGUGUUACAUCGCUAAAGCUGAACUCUGAACGAGCAAGGGACAUAGACUUUUCGCUGCCGUUUCUCGAGACGGGCAUAGCCAUUAUCGUCAAAAUCAGAAGUGGCGUACUUUCGCCGACGGCGUUUUUAGAGCCAUUCGAAUACUCCACUUGGGUCGUAAUUCUGUUGGUUUCUAUACAAGGAGCGGCUCUUUCAAUUUUUAUCUUCGAAUGGGUUAGCCCCUACUCCUUCAAUAUGAGCAAGUAUCCUCCGCCAGACCACAAGUUCUCGCUUUGUCGCUCUUAUUGGCUGGUCUGGGCAACUUUAUUUAGCGCUAGCGUUUCAACAGGUCUUUCCGUGGGUGUAGGCCCUACUGGACCUCCGUCUAUCGCGAUGACUGUAAUUUCCCAAGAAAGCCGUCUCCCUUUCGGAACUCCAUCUUCACUUUCAGAUGUCCCAAAAUCUACCGUAUCUCGCUGCAUGGCGCUAGUAUGGGCUGCUUUCGGUCUCACUUUUCUAGCAGUUUACACCGCAAAUCUUGCUGCUUUCAUGAUCACAAGAAUACAGUACUACGACCUGAGCGGCAUCCACGAUCCUAUGUUAGCCUAUCCAGCCGAUCAACAACCACCUUUUCGCUAUGGAACCGUAGAUGGUGGCAACACACAUGAAACAAUGAAGAGAAACUGGAAAAAUAUGCAUGAAUACGUGAAGAAAAAUCAUUUCUUCCGCGAUAACAUUUCCGCCGGAGUGGAAGCGGUCAGAAAUGAGUGA